AUGCUGCUGUGUAUUUCUCUGCACAGUAGAGAAAUACAAAGCAGCAGUUUCCCUAGUAAAACCCGCACACAGUUAACCCUUUGAUGGCCCCAGAUGCUAACUCCUUCCUACCCAGUGCCAUUAGUACAGUGGACCAGGGCCGGACUGACAACUCAUGCGGCCCCCGGGCAUAGGGGAUCAUGGGGCCCCUGUGUCCUUGCCCAAACUCAAAAAAGCCUAUGAAAAAGGUACCAGGGGCAUCUCAUGGGGCCCCCUACUGACCCCAGGCCCUCGGGCAGUGCCCGAGUUUCCAAAUGGUCAGUCCGCCCCUGUUAGGGACCUUAGAUUG